AUUUGAAAAUAAUAUAAUUUGAAUUAAAAUUUUUGAAUCUUAUUUACAAUUUACAUACGAAUUUUUAUAAAUUGAGUUUUUUGCGUAGCUAUAACAACGAAUAUCAAAACAUGUUCAUAACCUAUACUCAAAUAGGAGAUACAAAAUAUAUAAACUACUGUGCAUUUAUUAUAACAAUAAUUGUGUAUAAAUUUUGGAUUAAAAACAAAUGGCAGAUCAAAAUUCAAGAAGAGCAACGACGUAAAACUAAUCCUAACGAAACACACGAACGCUCAAUUAUCAUUGUUGGUAGCAAAAGAGUCGGUAAAACUACAAUUAUACAUCGAUUUCUUGAAAAAGAUGAAACCCCUAAACCAACUAUCGCAAUGGAUUAUUCUUUUGGGCGUAAGGCUGGAAAAAGUUUAAUAAAAAAUAUCGUGCAUGUUUGGGAAGUAGGACAUUUAACUUCUUCGUUAGUAUCAGCAGCAAUGACAGGUUCAUCUUUGACUCAUUUUCCUCAUCAUGUUACGAUAUUGGUUAUGCUGGAUUUAUCGCAACCAGAAAUUUUAUGGACCACAUUUGAAGAAGCUCUCUCAGUAGUGCGUAAUGCAAUGAAAAUGAGUUAUGACGAUAAAAUAAUUCAGGAUCUUAAAAAACAGCGUAUUAAAGAGCGAAAAAAAAUUAUGGAAAGAGAAAUCGAUCCAUUUCCAAUGAGACUUUGUUUUAUAGGUGGAAAAUAUGAUCAAUUUAAGGAUUUAGAUUUGGAUAAAAUAGAGUUAGUCGGUAAAACCUUAAGAGCUGUAGCACAUAUUUUAGGAGCAAGUCUCUAUUAUCAUUCUGCAAAAGAUAAGUCUUUAUUACGAAGAACUAAAGAUUUGUUAUCUUAUUAUGGAUUUGGUACACAAUUUUCUGAUAUCAAGUGUACUGAUUUCGAAAAACCAUUAGCAAUAUCUGCCGGUACAGACUCCUUCUCGUCGAUCGAUUUGCAAUUUCCUCAAACCAGACCUUCGGCUAUCUUAGAUACCAUCAAACAGAUUUAUGUUACUCAUAUACCACAAGAGUCAAGAAGCAACGAAAUUAUCUUGGAGGAUCCAAGUAACGAUCCCAACUUUAAUGAACCGAUCAUCGACAGAUUACGAACUCAGAGAGAAGAGGAAAUAAAUAUUCUUCUUCAAGAUAUGUUAGAAGGUCGAAUACCUCAAAUUCCUAUUCCGGAUCCAUCAUAGAAUUAGAUAAUAAUUGUUCGUUGCCUGGAUUUAAUAUUAUACAUAUUUCCAUUUGAAAAUGAAUAACAAUAAGAUCAUAAUAAUUUAUACAUAGAUUACAAAGUUAAUCCAUUCUAUAUUAUAAAUUAUUUUUUUUUUAAAUUAAUAUUGAUAAAAUACGUAAGACAAUUCAAAAUGGAUUAAACUUAGAAUAAUUAUAUUUGAACUAAUAUACUAUAAAUAUGUAUAGCAAAUACAAUAAAAUAAUUCUUACUAUUAUAUUCAAAUCUUCACAGACAUGGCGGAUAUUGCGAAUCUUAUCUUGAUAUUACAUUUUCAGACAGUUUUAUUUCAUUGAAAUUCGCAUUCAUCGAAGUAAAACGAAUAAUUUAUCUCGAAAUCAAUCAUUUAAAUACGAUGUCCAUUCUCCGUAGAGAUGAAAUUACGUGUUUUCGUGUCAUCGCGCACGCGUCUAUUCAUUCGCCCUUUCCCAACAGUGGCUCACCGUGAAAUCGAAGGGUGUACAGGGAGAGCGGGAGUAAAGUGGAAGGGUGGGGAAGGUGUCGUCGCACGUCUCCUGAUUCCUAACGGCAGUAGAAUAGUGCGCUGAUAAGAGCAGCGGCAGCGAACGGUGACGCGUGCGCGUUACGGUGCGAUGCGCAUGCGCAUCGAGGUACACGGGUCGCUCCCGAUACGCGGAUAGUCGGAGUCGAGCGUUUACGAAAACGGGAUCCGACUGGGGGGGUUUUCGCUUCGUCGCGGGCCUCUCGCUUUCUGGCCUCGGUUUUCUCAGUGAAAAUGCCGCUGUGAUAGAGGCACGCGUGCCGUGUGCUCUGUCCGGGCUUGUCGCGCCCCUGCAAAGAGCCAACAGUCAACUGUCCACGCGAAUUUUUACUGCGUUACUGAUUCCACUGAUUCACGGCUGUUAUCUUUUCGGCGCUCUUGUCAUCUCCCUCCCUCAGUAUCUUUUCUGUCUUUCUUCUUUGUUUAUUUUCUUCCUCUUUCCAUACCGUGCCCUCUAUCCUUCGCGCGUUUUUUUUUUUCUAUCUUGUCAUCGUAGAUCAGUUGUUCUGUACUUAUCCCCUCUGUCACAAACGAUACCGUAUAUCGCAAAAUUUAACAGUGGGAAAUCGUGUCAUUGUAGAAGUGCCGCGAGUUUCGUAAUCGUCUACCAACGAA